AUGUUAUGUUAUUCAAUUUUGUGGUCACAUGACCACGAACGACUACGGCGUUGUGACCAAUAUGGCGAAGAAGGAAUGCAAACCAUGGGAGAAAUGUUUGAAAGUGGGGAAGCUUUAGCGGCAGAAAAUGAAAAGGCAGAGCUUGAUGUGUUAGUUGAUGUGAUAAAUGAACACUUGGACUAUUUUAAUGAGGACAAGGACUUCGAGAAAGAGGUUGAAGAUGCCGUUCAGGAGAUUGAAAUACCACCAAAACAUCCGUGUCCAAAUUGUACGAAAAUAUGCAAAUCAAAAGGCGGUCUCACUCGUCAUAUACGAUCAAAGCAUACGCUCCUUGAGACAAAUGAUGGCAAAGAUGACAACAGCGCUAGCACUGCAACCAAGCCAACCAUUUCAAAAGCGAUUGUAGAGGAUUUGUUUAAAAAAGCUAACUCUAAAAUCAAGGAUAUUUUAUAUGGGGAGGAAAUCGUUAUUAUUUGUAAGAAUCUAAAGCCAUCUUCGUUUUGUGUUGACGUUCUCGAUAAACUUCAUGGACGUUUCAUCAAGAAAUCGAAUCAAGAUACUUUGGUAAGUGAACUAUACAAACUCUUGUCGAAAGAACCUGAGAAACUUGUCGACAACCAACCAACUGAUAAACGGUGGUCAGUCGAGCAAAUUAGAAUCGCUGUGAAUCUGUUGUUUAUCCAUUUACCCGAGUUACUCGUUUUGGCAACUUGCAAGAGCCAAACUAGUGAACAAACUAAAGAUAUACCUGAAGUGAAUGAAAGGGAACAUGGUCCCCUUUCUUACUUGAUUGGAUCAGUCAUUUCCAAAAUGUUCAGGACAAGCAAAUUUAGAAAGAAAUCCAUGUUAGAAAGUACAUUAACAAAUAAAGAAGAACUUCAGGAUCUGCUGCAAUCAAUGAAACGACCUGACAAUGAAUAUAUUUUAUCACUUUCAAGAGGAGGACUGUGGACUCCGUGUGACGAUUUAAUUGCUAUUGGGUUUGAAAUAGAGAAAACAUUUCGAUAUAAAACUGUUGCUCAUGAUGUUACAAAACCUAUUCCAAUUUCAGAAUUACGGACUAAUAUACUAGAAAAUCCAAAAGUGAAGAGCCUUUGGAGCAACAUCAUACAAGAAUGCCCUUACUUGAUAUCUCACGAUUGUUCGAAAGUUUGCCUUGAGAACAUAACCUUUUUAUAUUUAAAAAUUCGAGCAUUCUCCUUUUCGAGAGAUUUAAUUAAUAAAUAUAGAAAACAAAACAGUUCAAAUAGCAAGAAGGCCUUAAGGAAAACUCUACAACAGAAAUCAGAGGUCAAUCCUGAAUAG